CAUUGACUAAACCAGCUUCAGAUUUACUUCAGGUUGUUUCAGGAGACUGGAUCUACAUGUUCCACUAUUUGUUUCACUCUGACAGGGAAAGGGAUGGAAUCUGUGAAAUGAGGCUUCAAAUGGCCUGCAGCAAAAUGCCUCCUCUUCUGAUACUCAGUUUAUUUGUUUCGCUCCUUCAGUCUGGUUUCACCCAAAAAAAUCCCAAUCAUUUUUAUAUUUUCGGUAAGAUGGAUAACAUUAUGUUAACUGGACCAGACAAUCCUGGAAAUGGCCCUGUUGUGUGGGAUUGGAGACCAAGCUUCACACAGGUCACCCAGCGACUUGUGACAUUUUCUAAAGAAGGAUCCAGAGGGUGGACCCCACAACUGGAAGCAAACUCCUCAUUCCAUGGCAUCUUUCGUGAAAUGGAGACUAAGGCUGAUACUGUUGACUUGAUAAUUUGGGCUCCCACAUUGAAAUUUGCAGGAUCUAUCAUCCUGGCGCAAACAGAACCGAGUUAUGAAAUCCUGAAGCAAUACGAAAUUUUUGGGAUCAAAGUUGAGACGAGACCACAGAGGCCUGUGGAGGGCAGAGACAUCACCCUCAGCUGUACCAUCUCCAGACUCCCAGAUACCGUCAGUCUCCACUGGAAACCUGUGGGCUCAUCCCAGCAGAACAGGAGAAACACUGAUCAGAUCCGUCUGAAUAACACCGUCUAUCUAAUGGUCCAACACGUUACAGUGGAGGAUGGGGAGUUGUAUCAGUGUGAAGUGCAGGAAAACGGAAACAUUGUUCUCACAAUCAAAUCAGAUUUUACUGUAGGCACAGGUCAACAUAAACGUUACUCACUUUAUCGCUCAGCUACGGAUCACAGUGAAUUCCACCUCCUCUGUUACAGUCAUUCUGUUUACAACAGUGCUGCCUGGACUUGGCUGUCACGUCUUCAUCAAAGUUCGAGGAAAACAAUUGCAACAGCAUUGAAAUCUCAGCCCGUGAAUGUCAGUGAGAGCCACUUUGUGAAUCGACUGAUGCUCACAGAGACACCUUUUAACGGCUGGAAUUUCAGUGUGAGGGUUUUUCCUGUGGUGUUUGAAGAUGCAGGAGAUUACACCUGUAGUCUGGGAACAAGUGUAUUUAUAACUAUCAAACUAAUCACAGUUAAAGUCACGGCUGAACCGUCUGAUACAGUGACUGAGGGAGACACCGUUACCCUGAGCUGCUCUGUGUCUGACGUCACUGCAUCACCCAGACUGGUUUGGAUCAACGGAGACGGUGAAACUGUUGGAGACAAAACACUGACUGGGGACGAGAAAUCACUGAGUCUGAUCGUACAGAAAGCUGACAGAGGCGAAGGGAAAUGGACAUGUGGUGUGUUUGAUCAAGACAGGCUCCAACUUUGUGUACCAUAUAAUCUGAAAAUCAGAGUGAGAUCACUUCCGGACAGUUGGAUCACCACAAUUGCUCUAUACCUGUUUGUUAAACUGGCCGUUGGUCUUGGACUCUUCUACAGUUUGACGAGGGAAAACACAAGACAAUUCAGAUAAAAUGAGAGGAAGAGCAACAGAUGAUUCACAGGAAGAUGCCACAUUCAGGCCUCUAUAUCUGAUACUGAUCUGGAUCCUCAAAUGAACAUUGCAGCCCCCGGGAGUCUAUUCGGCCCAUCAUGUCCAUUCCCCAGAGAGAUCUGCUGGUUCUGGAAUCCAGAUUGAUUCAGCCUGGAAGUUUUGGAACUUGACUUCUGCUGUUGCUCUCAAUUUAUUUCACGUGGCAAGAAAAGUUUAUUCCCCGAAGAUGAUAUUGAAAGGCAAUUUUCACCUCAGAAUUGGUAAACUGUAUUUGGCAAGAAUAUUCUUUGCAGGCAUCUGCAGACUCUUGAAAAUAUCAAUGUAAUCAUCUCAAACGCAGUCAAUCCAGACAACACAGCAUCAUUAAGACAAUAUUUGUUGCACUCCCUUCACAGUGAGAACGUUAUAAAGAGAUGAAAGUUGCAUACAAAACUCUAGACAGGGUUACACCAACCACGGUACAGCUGCAGCAAAGCAUUUUUGCUGGUAUAUUGUAUUCCCCUUGCAAUCAAUGCCAACAAUAUACUGUUUGCCUUGCUAAUUGCUCACUGCCCCUGGAUAUUUGCUUUCUGCAACUGAUGUACAAAGGCACCAAGAUCUAGUUGCAACUUCCAUUUACCUAAUCAAUUAUCACCCACAUUAUAUUUCUUUUGGCUUUUACAACCAUAACUCAGUAAUUGGGCAGUACACGCUUAUUGAGCCAAUAGGGCCAUUUACUGUGCCCCACAUCUUAAUAAAAAAAACAGAUCAUAUAUGUUUCUUCAAAGUAGACAAUAUGAACAAUGUCAUAGUUACUGGGACUAUCUGUCAUGAACAGCUCUAAUCUGAAAGCCUUGAGAAGUUUUAUAAAGAGACAAGAUAGUAGUUUGUGAUUUAGACUCACAUGAUCUUACAACAAGGACACUCACCACAUCCAUUCUGACCACCCAGCACUCAUUUCCUAUCAGAGGGCAGGUGCUGGCACACCAAACAACAAUGCAUCUAUCACUCAACCAAUGAUCAGAGGUCUCCGAACAUAGACUCGGUUCUCUGUAGCCUCAUUAAUGUGUCAUCCUGAAUCUAGGAAGAGCUACCAUUGUACUUGCCUGAAAUAUUUUAAAAUAAAGCUUACAAGAA